GAUAAAGUAAUCGUGCCAGCUUACCCAGUUCUGAGUUUUCUGACUGCGUCUAAACUUUGUGUAGGCUGUAAACUAAGUGUGAGUUUUCAAACAAGGAGUAGUUAUCAUACUGUUGCAUGUCUCCGUGUGCGGUGCCUUAUAAGGCGAUGUAAUUGCGCAUUGCACAGCACAUGUGUACCUGCUAUACUUGAAGCUCGUCCGAAUUUUAGUAUAUGCUAUAUGAGACGUAUUCUCAACCGUAUGUAAAAAAUCUGCAAAUCGAAUAAUUCAGAAAAAUGGCUGCUGUGGCCCAGGAAAACAUGACCGCUACUUCGGCACCGGACAAGAAGAAAGAGUUAAGAAUAGGAGUGGAUAUCGGAUUCAAGAAGAUCUCGGUUUCUGUUUAUGAAGAUGGAGUGCCUCGGAUCCUGGCCACGUUUCCGUCCAUAACAGCCUACACUACAGACCAGACUGAAUGGCAUUUCGGCACGACAGCACGCAGCUAUUUAAAUGAAGAAAACUACAUCUACAUUGUUUCUGUUAAGAAAAUGCUGCUUGCGUACGUUUCCGGUCAAAAGGACGCCAUUUUUCCGUUGCUGUUAGAACGAUUAUUUAAACAUGUCAAGUUGAUCGCGGAGACGGAACAAGGUGACAGCUUGCAAAGUGUAGCAGUCGUACUGCCCCAUGGGUUCUAUCACUAUCCAGAAAUCCGCUAUCUGAUAUUCACCGCUUGGCAAAAAAACGGUGUAAGUGACCUUAUAUGCAUUUCGGAUACGUCGGCCAUCUUAUUAACCUACAUCGCGCAGACGCUGGACCGACAGGCGCUCAUUAAGAACACAGCCGAACACUACAAUUUGAUCGUGUGCAUUGCAAAUUAUCAGCAUUUUCAGGUGGACGUCUUUGAAAUCAUCCACAACAAUUACGUCGUCAAGUAUCAAAGUAAUACAUGUGUUGUAUGGCACAGUCUGGGUAACAUGCGUAGGCGCAUGCUGGAUAUGGUUUACAAACAACUACAAAGCGUCGGAAUGCGUCCGUUGGAUAGUCGGUCGCUGGCUGAGUUCGAGGAAGAGUUAAUGACGAAGGUGGCUCUUUUCAACGAAUCUCGGACCGACAAGAUUAUGGUUCGCGCACCCUUCCAGAACGUUUCGGUGGCCGUAACACGGGAUGCUUAUGAUACGAUUACGGUCCCUGCUAUCGAUGAAAUCAGGAAACACAUAGUGUCGGAGCUCACACGUUUCGGGAUAAUGGAUCCAGGAACACAGAAAAUCUUCGGCAAAGUGGAAGUGCUAUUGGUUGGUGAAAAUUCUCGCCUCUCGCAGCUCCGUGACGCUUUAACGAGCUUAUUAAACACACAGCUGAAUGAAGGAGUGGUCAGCUACGUUGACGACGCGGAGGCUUUCGGUGCCGCUACAGCCAUCUAUUUGGCAGGAGUCAGUCAGCAUAUCGAUAAACAGCAUCUCCUCUUUCGACUGCAAGAAGGCCUUGUGCUGAACAUGGGGAAAAUUCUCAAUACGUUUCUCCCAUUAGAUGAGACCAGGGCUGUGGUACAACCAGCGCGAGAUGUGUUUGUCACUGAUCUUCCCGCCAUUCGGAUACCUGGACAGCUGGUCAUGGGGAACCCGAAAGAUCUAGUUGAAAUUUCUGAUUUUUACAUCGUGCUGUCCACUCAGGCCACCAGCACUCUCAAACUGCAUUAUGUCGAACUCGAAGGCAAUAUACAAGGUCAGACGGUGACCUUUAUGCGCGCUCUAUUAGGCACGGAUAUUCUUAUUAAGCUGAGAAAAACAAGUGGCCAGUCGUCUAAAGAAUACCUGCAUUUAUACGCUAUAAUUAAACAUCCUGACACUCCUGGUUGGAAUAACCUAUGGGUUUUUGCGCACGACACUACAGGAUACGACCGGUUCAUGGCAGAAUACGACGUCAGGCUACGGGAAAUGAUGAAGGCGUUCCCAUCUUUAAUGGAUACAAGAGAACCAAGCGAGGUGGGUCCAUCUUUCCAUACGUAUGUGGCCCUCGUUUCGGAUCAACUGGACAGCAAGCAUUCAUAUAACGCUCCUACAAAUAAGUAUCACGCCAGUAUGGUUGCCGUCAACACCAAAUCUCCGCGUGGUGCUGCUAUCAUAAUAAAACAGUGCCAAGAAGUGACUGAGAAGCUCCAGGUGGUGGAUAACACCUUUAUUGUUGAACCUCCUUAUGGAAUCCGGAAAUCGUCCGGUGAAAGCGACACGGUCAUUAUUGAGUUCGCUUCACAAGUUUGUAUGCGGAUACGUUUCCCAACUGAAGCAUCGCGUAAAGCAUUCCUUAAUGCAAAGCCAUAAAUUUUUGCCAUCGCAAUAAGCGGAGUUUCAAUGAAAUUACCAGGGCACCUCUAGGUUAUUUUUAUACAAAUCUGUCAUUUCAAAGAUACGUUAGCUGUCUUGUUAUUUGUUUUAUUUAAGCACAUUUAUUACAUAAUUUUUACUGCAGUGGUUGUAAUAGGUUGUUUCCAAAUUUUCCAGUGUUGUUUAUAUCUCUGAUAAUGAAUUUUAAUUGACGUUA